UCCGAGUAGGUCCGUUGAAUAGGAGAUAGUGACGUUAUUUCAACCGCUGCCAAAUACCAGAAUAUUGUACUCCAAUUAAUUACUCAUCCAUUCUCCUUUGAAGUUGAGGAUCAUCUUUGUAUUUCCAUUUCCAAUCUCAUUCUCUUGUUUGGAGAUUCUCUUCUCUUAUAGGUGAGACAUUGAGAAGGAAGACAAGUGGUGAAGAAAGGUGUAAUGGCUUCUGAGAGGGACUAUUUUCACCUCUCUGGACCCUUACAUCUAACUCAUGUCAAAUGGGAUAAUCUAUACCAUCGAAAAUCAGUUGCUGCUAGUUUGGUCCAAGGUGUUUAUGUUCAAGAAAAGGACCGGCAAGAACAACGAAAAGGUCCCAAUGCUCUAGCAUUUCCUUGGUGGGCAUUCUUCCACUUUCAACUCCUUCAUACACUAGUUGAUGAUGUUGAUAACUCCAUAUUUGGUGCGAUUUAUGAGUUCAAGCCUCCACCAUCAAAGUGCAAUGACACCUUACAUAAAACUCCACGAUAUGUAAUCGCGUUUCGAGGAACAAUAAAGAAACCAGACUCAAUUUCACGCGAUAUUGAGUUGGAUCUCCAAUUUAUCAGAAAUGGACUUCAUCAAACUUCGCGCUCAAACAUAGCUAUCGAAGCGGUAAGAAACAUGGUGGCUAGUGUUGGUGGUUCAAAUUUAUGGUUGGCUGGCCACUCUUUAGGAUCAUGCAUGACAUUGCUUGCGGGAAAAGACAUGGCUAAAAAUGGUAUACUCAUUGAAUCUUUUCUUUUCAAUCCUCCAUAUGCAUCUGCUCCAAUUGAGAGAAUUAGAAGUAAGAAACUAAAACAUAGGCUUCGAAUUGCUAGCAGCGUGGUAAAGGCCGGACUCGCUAUCGCUAUGAAGGAUAAAAAAAGUUCAUCGUUUGAUUCAUUGUCUGCUUGGAUUCCAUGUUUGUUUGUGAAUCCAAGUGACUAUAUAUGUUCGGAGUAUGUUGGAUACUUCGAACAUAGAAGAAAAAUGGAGGAGAUUGGUGCUGGAAGCAUUGAGAAAGUAGCAACACAAAACUCAGUUAUUUCUCUAAUGAUGAGUGCUUUUGGGAAGGAAUCUGAACCUCUGCAUCUGAUUCCUUCAGCUACUUUGGCAGUGAACUUUACUCCUUCACGGAAUUUUAAAGAAGCUCAUGGGAUUCACCAGUGGUGGAAACCAGAUUUAUGCUUGCAAUCCAAGCUCUACAAAUACUAAUUGUUCUUCUGAUUAUUGUACUUGAUUGCUGUGUGAAUGUUGUUUGUUGUUUUUUCAUUUGAGAUUAAUUUUAAAAUGGGUAGCAAAUGCUGUUAAAGUUGUUGUAAACUUGUAACUAUUAAGAAUUAAUUUUUUUUGACAGAAAAAGUAACUUUAAAGAGUGAUGCUGAAAUUGAGAUUAUAGGCAUUAAUGCUGGAUUGAACUUA